CAGUGGCUUUGUCUUCCAGCAGGGCGUGGGUACCGUGGUGAUAGCCAGGCCGCUGGACGCUGAGGGUCAGUCGCUCUACAACCUGACGGUCAUGGUCACUGACGGUACCAACACAGCUAACACACAGGUCUACAUCCGUGUUCUUGACAGUAAUGACAACCCUCCCGUCUUCUCUCAGCCCACAUAUGACAUUAGCGUGUCAGAAGACAUGCCGGCCGACACAGAGCUGUUGCGUGUGCGAGCGUCAGACGGUGAUGAACGUGCACGUCUCAGCUACUCCAUCCACAGUAGUGUCGACCCAGCCAGUAUGAGACUGUUCAGGAUUAACCCAGGGACUGGAGUGGUCUACAGCGCUGAUCGACUGGACUACGAGGCUAGGACGCAACACAUACUGACCAUCAUGAGCCAAAAUUAUGGGGGAAGUGGUAACACGGGAGCAGUGUUUGCUAUUGACGAUGCCACUGGUGUAAUCUCCGUAGCGAGAGACCUGGACCUCUCGUCCGUAGGAUAUUACAUCAUCACCGUGCGCGUCACUGACAGCGGCACGCCACCCCUCACCGCCACCGCUGCCGCACGUGUUUCCCUCACUCUCUCUGACUCCUCCCUGCCCAAGUUCAGCCAGAGAGAAUACCAGGCAGAGGUGAUGGAGAACUCUGCCGCAGGAAGGUACGUCACAUUGGUGUCCGCCCUGAGUCGCUCUGCGCUGGUUUAUGACAUCACAGCCGGUAACCACGAACGCCAUUUUGCCAUCAACCGUUACACUGGAGUCCUCACCACCCGCAAGGCACUCGACUUCGAGCGUACAGGUUCUUACUCUCUGGUGGUGCGUGCAUUGAGCAUGGCUGGAGUGGAGAGCAGUGCUACAGUCAGUGUCCAGGUGGGAGACCAGAACGACUGUCCACCUGUGUUCCAACAGCUCAGUUACAUAGGUGUUAUCAGCGAGGCUGCUCCGGUCAACAGUGUGGUCCUCGGGGAGGACGGUAACCCUCUGGUCAUACAGGCUAUGGACCGUGACCGUAACCUGAACGCCCUGCUGGUGUUCAACAUCAUAGAUGAGACCGCUAGAUCCUUCUUCACCGUGGACUCUGGGACCGGGUCCAUUAGAACCAUCUCUACUCUGGACUACGAGACGUUCUCUGCCUUCUCCUUCCGGGUACAUGUGAGGGACAGUGGGAGACCCCAGAGAACAGCAGACAACCCAGCUCAGGUCCAUAUCAAGGUGGUAAACAUCAACGACUCCCCUCCUAAGUUCUCCCAAGACUCCUAUGAGACGGUCCUCCUCCUCCCCACCUACCUCGGGGUCGAGGCCCUGAGGGUCACGGCCUUUGACCCGGACCUGACGCCUGACCCCGCCGUGACCCCUGCUGACCUCUCUGUGACCUCUGCCCUGGUGUACACCCUGGCUGACCGGAACCUCGAACACUUCUCCAUGGAACGUUCCACUGGCGUUCUCACCGUCAAAAACCGCAACCUCUCCAAGGACCGUUACCGCUUCAACGUCAAGGUGUGGGAUGGUCGUUUCUCCAGCACAGUGUUAGUAACCAUCCUGGUCCGUGAAGCCAUGGACAGCGGCCUCCUCUUCUCCCUCCCCGUCUACUCGUCCUCCGUCGCCGAGAACGAUGGCAACAUUUCCAUAGUGACCGUGGUGAACGCAGUGGGACACCGGCUUAACGAGCAGCUGAAGUACACGCUGCUGAAUGCUGGCGGUCGCUUCACGGUGCGCCCCACUUCCGGGGUGGUCCUGACCAUGGGAAUACCGUUUGACCGCGAGGAGCAGGACAGCUAUGAACUGGUGGUCGAAGCCAGCAGAGUCUACGACCGACUGAGGGUUGCUAGAGUUACUGUCAAGGUUCAGGUGGAGGAUGUGAAUGACAAUGCUCCGGAGUUUGUUGACUUGCCGUACUACGCUGCUGUCCAGGUGGAGUCAGACCCAGGCUCCGUGGUGUACAGGGUCUCAGCAUCAGACAGAGACUCUGGGCUCAACGGUGAUGUCGUUUACACACUGAAAGAGGAGCAUCGGAACUUCCAGGUGGACCCUCUAAGAGGUGAACUGAUCCUCAAGCGUUCCCUCGAAGCCGACCUGUCCAACGCUGAAUACAAACUCACCAUCGUAGCUCAAGAUGGUGGCUCCCCUUCCCUGUCCAGUGAGGUGGAGCUACCUGUCACUAUCAUGAACAAGGCCAUGCCGGUGUUUGACAAGCCUUUCUAUGGCAUCACAGUGAGGGAGGAUGUCCCCGUGUCCACCCCGGUCCUGUAUAUCAACGCUACCAGCCCCCAGGGACAGAGUGUUAUAUACACUGUCAUGGAGGGAGACCCUUCACUACAGUUUGACAUGGGCUUUGAUACUGGUGCGAUCCGGGUCAGCUACCCGUUAGACUACGAGACCACGCCAUACUACCGAUUAACGGUGAAGGCUACGGACACGCAGACUGGUGCGAGGUCGGAGGUCGAUGUGGACAUCGCCGUGUUGGACGUUAAUGACAACCCUCCGCUUUUCCAGAACGUCUCAUAUUCCACCACGCUGCCCGAGAACUCCAUGAUCGGCACUCCGGUAUUACAGGUGUUGGCGUUGGACAGUGACUCGGAGCGUAACUCGUUGGUCCGUUACCAGAUCCUGUCAGACGUCUACAGCAGUACCGACUUCUUCCACAUCGAUAGCAGCAGCGGACUGAUCCUCACCGCGCGUAUGCUCGACUACGAAACCAUGCAACAAUACACCUUCAUCGUCAGGGCAACCGACAGCGGCGACCCUGCCCUCAGCAGCGAGGUCAAUGUCGUGGUUUUGGUUACAGACGCCAACGACAACCCUCCUUCUUUCAGCCAAUCGCUGUACGAAGUGUACUUGAGCGAGCUGGCCCCCAGGGGACAGUUUGUGACCUGCGUCCAGGCCUCUGAUGCUGACAGCUGUGAUGCAAAUAGACUCAGGUACAAUAUCCUGUCCGGUGAUGAGCGGACAAUGUUUAUGAUGGACACAGAGACGGGGUUGAUAUCUCUGUCCAAUCAGAGAAGACAGGGGAUGAGGGCUUCCUUGAGGCUCAACGUGUCUGUGUCCGACGGGGUCUUCACCAACACCGCUGAGGUCAAUGUGUAUGUGCUGGGAGCGAACCUCUACAGCCCAGUAUUCAGCCAGAGGUUCUACCUGGCGGAGACCAGAGAGAAUACACCUGCUGGAUCCAGAGUCAUACAGGUGCGUGCUACGGAUGAGGACUCAGGUCUGUUUGGUCAGGUGACCUUCACGUUCAUCAACGACUUGGGGAAGAGUAAGUUCAGCAUCGACGCUAAAGGCCUCAUCACCACCGCACAGAAACUAGACCGUGAAAACCCUAGCAACAAGGAUAUAGUCCUCACCGUCAUGGCCCUUGAUGGAGGAGGUCGUGCAGCGUUCUGUACGGUCCGUGUGGUGUUAACUGAUGAGAAUGACAACGCUCCUCGGUUCAGGGCGGUGGAGUAUCGUAUGAGCAUCAGGUCCAAUGUGGCUAAAGGAUCCUUGGUUACCCAGAUCCAGGCCUCAGACCUUGACGCUGGCCCCAAUGGACGGGUCAUCUAUUCCCUGUACAGCGAGGCCCGCCUGCCCCUGGUUGACGUACUGGAGGUGGAGCGGGACAGCGGUUGGAUGGUGACCAAAGGAUCUCUUCUCCAUCUCCAAGGAACCAUCCUAUCCUUCUUUGUCAAGGCUACAGACCGUGGCACCCCGGCCAAACAUUCUCUGGUCUCAGCCUUCAUCCAUGUCCUCCCCCCGGACGCCCUGGUCCCCUCCUUCACCCAGCCUCAGUACUCCUUCACCAUACCAGAGGACACGCCGGUGGGCACGGUCCUGGGAAACAUAUACCUGGCCCCAGGGCAGACUGGGGCUUACACCGCUGUGGGGGGAGAGACUCCCGACAGCAACCAGGAAAGAACAGCUCAGAUUUUCAAUAUUAUUUAUAAUAUAUGUUAUACAGUGCCAUUCUUAAAGUAUUCAGACCCCUUGACUUUUUCCACAUUUUGAUACAAUACAGUCUUAUUGUAAAAUGUAUUACAUUGUUUUUUUUUACUUUCAUCAAUCUACACACAAUACCCCAUAAUGACAAAGCAAAAAUAGGUUUGUAUUUUCUUUUGCAAAAUUGUAAAAAAAAAUAUAAAAAAAAUAUGAAAUCUUACAUUUACAUAAGUAUUCAGACCCUUUACUCAGUACUUUGUUGAAGCUCCUUUGGCAGUAAGUACCUCCUUGUCUUCUUGGGUAUGACACUACAAGCUUGGCACGCCUGUAUUUGGGUUUCUCCCAUUCUUCUCUGCAGAUCCUCUCAAGCUCUGUCAGGUUGGAUGGGGAGCGUCGCUGCACAGCUAUUUUCAGGUCUCCCUGGAGAUGUUAGAUCGUGUUGAAGUCUCUGGCUGAGCCACUCAAGGACAUUCAGAGACUUGUCCCGAAGCUACUCCUGCAUUUUCUUGGCUGUGUGCUUAGGUUCGUUGUCCUGUUGGAAGGUGAACCUUCGUCCCAGUGUGAGGUCCUGAGUGCUCUGGAGCAGGUUUUCAUCAAGGCUCUCUCUGUACUUUGCUCUGGUCAUCUUUUCCUCGAUCCUGACUAUUCUCCCAGUCCCUGCCGCUGAAAAUAUCUCCAAAGCAUGAUGCUGCCACCCAUAUGCUUCACCCUAGGGAUGGUGCCAGGUUUCCUCCAGACGUGACGCUUGGCAUUCAGACCAAACUAUUCAAUCUUGGUUUCAACAGACCAGAGAAUCUUGUUUCUCAUGGUCUGAAAGUCUUUAGGUGCCUUUUGGCAAACUCCAAGCGGGCUGUCAUGUGCCUUUUUCUGAGGAGUGGCUUCCUUCUGGCCACUCUACCAUAAAGGCCUGAUUAGUGGAGUGCUACAGAGAUGGUUGUCCUUCUGGAAGUUUCUUCCAUCUCCACAAAGGAACUCUAGAGCUCUGUCAGAGUGACCAUCAGGUUCUUGGUCACCUCCCUGACCAAGGCCCUUCUCCCCCGAUUGCUCAGUUUGGCUGGGCGCCCAGCUCUGGGAAGAGUCUUGGUGGUUCCAAACUUCUUCCAUUUAAGAAUGAUGGAGGCCACUGUGUUCUUGGGGACCUUCACUGCUGCAGAUGUUUUGGUGCCCUUCCCCAGAUCUGUGCCUCGACAGAAUCCUGUCUUGGAGCUCUACGGACAAUUCCUUCAACUUCAUGGCUUGGUUUUUGCUCUGACAUGCACUGUCAACUGUGGGACCUUUUAUUGACAGGUGUGUGCCUUUCCAAAUCAUAUCCAAUCAAUUUAAUUCACCAUGUGGACUCCAAUCCAGUUGUAGAAACAUCUCAAGAAUGGUCAAUGAAAACAGGAUGCACGUGAGCUCAAUAUUGAGUCUCAUUGCAAAGAUGUCUAAAAACCUGUUUUCGCUUCGUCGUUAUGGAAUAUUGUGUGUAGAUUGCUGAGGAUUUUUUUUAUUUAAUCAAUUU